GCCAGUCCUCUUCAUAGAAGAGCAUGUUCACUUAACCAGAGCUUCUCUCUGUUCCACUAUGGCCUCUGUCCCUGGUAUCAACACCUCAUCCUCUGUGGCGUUUUAUACCAACUGCUCCUCUUCCAGCACUUUUCUUUUGUCCUGCGUGCAUCCAGCAUACAUCGCUGCAGCUGUAAUUGCUACCCUCAGCUGCCUUUUGGGUAUCCCGACUAACCUCCUCAUAAUCGUGAAACUCAGCAGUCGUCUGCGAGGCACCUCCAUGACGAAGCGUCUCUUUUUCAACUUGGCUUUGUCAGACCUCCUCUCCCUGUUUUGCGUACUGGUUGCUGGAGUCAUUUUUGCCACUGGACCCCAUUUGCCACAUAAAUUGUGCCAGUUUUUCUUUUAUGUCUUCUUAUUCUGCGUAACCUCCAGUUCCAACAUCCUGCUGCUGAUAAGCAUUCAACGAUACUACAAGAUUCUCCAUCACUCUAAGUGGGGAAAAUUGACCCGAACAUGGCAGAGGGUUUUACUUUCCUCUGUAUGGAUGCUCGGGGCUCUGCUUUCUCUACCACCUGCUCUUUUACUUAAUGAAAAGAACAAGGGAGAUAUGCCAUCCAACAGUAGCUGUAGGAAUAAAGAGAUCCACCCAACAGCAGAGCUAGUCUACAUUGCUAUAUUAAUGUCAGGUCAACUAGUUUUGCUGUUCUUUUACAUAAAGCUUGUCAGAGGUGUAAAGAACAUUAAAAUGUCGGACAAGCUAAAGCAAAAAAUUAAUAGGCUCUUCAGUCGGAUCCUUGCUGUCUCUUUGGUUGACUUUUUACCUCUGAUUGCUCGCCUUGUCGCUGUUGCUGCCCACAUUACACACUUAGAAAUGUUGUAUGAUAUUAACAAGUAUCUGACAUGUUUGGAAUGUAUUUACUUUUUAAAUCAUUGUAUGAAUCCACUGCUGUUUUUCUUUGCCUCUCGACAUCAACUAGGAAACAGAGAAAAGAAGAGAAAGCUCUUCCUCAUGGCUCUUAAUGAAAGUUCUUAACAACAAUCUCCUUUAAACUUUUUAUAGGUGUGAUAUUAAUACAAAUAGAUUAUAUUGGUGUGAUUCUAUGUGCCAUUUUUCUUUUUUUAAAGGUGUAUUUUGGCAUUAAAAUGGCUCAAGACUGAGCCUU